UCUGAGUUCUUGGCUCUAUUGGUUGUGACCUAACCCGGAAGCUGAAUUCGGGAGGCUUGGUAACCCGGACGAUCUGAAAAUCGGGUGUGUGUGUAGGGUGAAGGCGGGAAAACAUGGAAAAGUUUCCCGUGGCUACUUGCCUUACGAUUUUGCUCACGUUGUUGGUCUCCGGGCUGGGCCUGUUGCAGCGGAGCAGAAGUAAUGGCCUGCCCGACGACUUUCUGUCGGGGUUUUUGCUGCGGCCGGCGGCGGUGCGGGAAGGGCAGGUUUAUAGAUUGGUGACCUACAUCUUUGUUUAUGAGGAUGUAAUCUCCUUGGUAUGCAGUGCUGUUAUCAUCUGGUACUUUGCUGGCAGCUUUGAGAAGAUGGUGGGGACUGUGAAGCACUCCUUCCUCACUCUGGCAUUUGCGGUUUCCUUAGCUCUACUCUACCUUGUACUCAGGACUAUGGCAUCCGGCAUGUUGAAGAUGACGGAUGCUGAAGGAUUCACUCCUGUGGCUUUUGCUAUGCUGGCUGCAUCAAUUGCUCGUUCUCGAAUGAGGAGAACGGUGCUCUUUGGAGUGAACGUCCACAUGACACUUGUGCCCUGGUUGCUGCUUUGCAUGGCCUGGAUUUUCCCAAGUUCUUCUUUCCUAGCAAAUCUCUGUGGCCUCUUAAUUGGGAAUAUAUAUGGUCAUGGUUACUGCUUUGCUUUGGAUUUCUCUGAAUCAACAGCCUCUUGUUUAGAUCAGAAGUUCCCUUUCCGGCUGUUGAAAAGAAUUCCCGGGGUAAAAUAUGUUCCAGGAUCCCUGGCAGAAAGAAGCGCUUUCCAGAAUCGAAAGUUAAAUCCAGUGCCAGGCUCUUAUCCCACUCAGAACUAUCACAGCCCCCCUCCUCCGUUGCUUGCCAUGCACAUGCAGUAUCCUAACGCACAAAUUCCAGCACCUGGACUAUCAUCUUUUCAGAGUCCUGCACUGCCUCCUCCUGCUGGUGCUAUGGGAGAAUUGUGUAUCCAGAACCAUUCCCACUCACCAGCAGGACUACCACCUGUUUCUCAUCUUGUUGGUGCUAAUUCAUGGAUGCCUGUGAAGACAGGUGACUUGGGUGCCCACCAAGCACCAGGGUUUCCGACUGUGGGAACUGCCUCAAAAUCAGAAGACGUUUGUCAAAUUCAUGUGGGCUGAGUCUAGUAGGUAUCUGCAAAUGUUGGACUAUGCAUCCGUAAUAGUGGUUUCCCUGAGAAGGGAGUCUCUUCCAAGUGAUAAAAAAAUUGGAGAUCCUGAGAAGCUUGGAUCCAACUGAAGAAAGUGACCAUUCUCUCUCUUGUGGCAACCUGGUGGGACCAAGUGACAACAAUCUAUCUGCUGCUUAAUGCUGAAACUUAAUUUGUGCAUUAACUUUGGGUGAUAACUAUGGCCUUCAUAGCUUCAAGUUGUAUCUCCUUUCUGCAUCUGACCAGUUUUAUAAUGAUGGAAAUUUUCCAUUGAUUGAUUGUUUGAGGCACUGGACAGUUUAGGGUUGGUUUUAUUGUGCUACUGAUAAAACUGUUGUUUCCUUAAUAUUUGGCUGGCAAGAAAGUUGUUUAAGAUAUUUUUUUUAAAAUUGUUUCCCAUGGAUGGGAUAUGUCUGUUCUUGUCAGCUGAGCAUCUUGGCUUAAACCCCUGAUUAUUGUAUACAUGACUUGUACUUAAUUUUAAAAAUCUAUUUUAGAUAAGUUUGGUAUAGAUUACAUGAAGAAGUGUAGCCAGCUGGUUCUGGUAAGGACUAUAUUCGUGAAAGUCAUGCUCUACAUACAGAAGAUGCCAGUUUCAAUCUAUGAUGUUUCCAGUUCAAAAGAAGCUAUACAGCAUGAACUAUGGAAGGUUUCUUGUGAAACCAUGAGAAUUUUCUCCCAGGCACAGUCGUGGGCAUUAUUUUGUUUAACAGAUCUGGCAUCUUUCUACUAUGUUCUCUUGGAUGGCAUAACCUUGGCAAACGUAUGAUAUUACUGUAAAGUGGGAUAAGCUACUUUGAAUAAAAUAAUUUGUGAGGAGUGUAUAAUUA